CUCAGCUUCUUCCAUCGAAGCUUACUCAAUCCACUAGUUGUAGUUUUCUCUUUACCUUUUCUAGCUAGUUACCCGGCAGCAGCUACCGGCAUUACCAACCAGAGAGACUAUACCAAGCUAGCCAAGAAGCGGAGCAAGAGCUGACCCAUGGCUGCCGCGAGUUUGAUCAAGGCGCCCAUCGGGCAGAAUCCUAGGCUGGCGUGCCAAGCUCCGGGCAGGAGCCGUGGAUCAGUCAGGUGCUCGCUAAGCUCGGUCGUGGGCGGCCGGAGCGAGUGGCUCAGCAGCUGCGCCGUCCUCUCCAGCAAGGUGGCCGCGCUCGGCCCGCACUCCGUCAACGGCCACGCAUCGCCGGCGCCUACUCCCGCUCCCGCUCCCGAAGGCACGGUGCUGGACCUGAUCCCCGUGAGCAGCCUGACCGGCGGCGCCAAGAAGAACCUGCCGGUGCCGCUCCGCAUCGCGGACCUGUCCCCGGCGCCGAUGCACGGGUCGGAGCUGCGCGUGGCGUACCAGGGCGUGCCCGGCGCGUACAGCGAGAAGGCGGCGGGGAAAGCCUACCCGGCCUGCGACGCCAUCCCCUGCGACCAGUUCGAGGUGGCCUUCCAGGCGGUGGAGCUGUGGAUCGCGGACCGCGCCGUGCUCCCCGUGGAGAACUCGCUGGGCGGCAGCAUCCACCGCAACUACGACCUGCUCCUCCGCCACCGCCUCCACAUCGUCGGCGAGGUGCAGCUCCCCGUGCACCACUGCCUGCUGGCCCUCCCGGGGGUGCGCAAGGAGAGCAUCACCCGCGUCAUCAGCCACCCGCAGGCGCUGGCGCAGUGCGAGCACACCAUCACGCGCAUGGGCCUCAACGUCGUCCGCGAGGCCUUCGACGACACCGCCGGUGCCGCCGAGUACAUCGCCACCAACGGGCUCCGCGACACGGCCGCCAUCGCGUCGUCGCGCGCCGCCGAGCUUUACGGCAUGGAGGUGCUCGCCGACGGCAUCCAGGACGACUCGGGCAACGUGACCCGGUUCGUGAUGCUGGCAAGGGAGCCCAUCGUGCCGCGCACCGACCGGCCCUUCAAGACCAGCAUCGUGUUCGCGCACGACAAGGAGGGCACCUCCGUGCUCUUCAAGGUGCUCUCGGCGUUCGCCUUCCGGGACAUCUCCCUCACCAAGAUCGAGAGCAGGCCGCACCGCCACCGCCCCAUCCGCCUCGUCGACGACGCCAACCGCGGCACCGCCAAGCACUUCGAGUACAUGUUCUACAUCGACUUCCAGGCCUCGCUCGCCGAGCCCCGGGCGCAGAACGCGCUCGCCGAGGUCCAGGAGUUCACCUCCUUCCUGCGGGUGCUCGGGAGCUACCCCAUGGACAUGACCCCCAUGACCGCCGGUUCCUCCUCCACCGUUGUAUCGUCCGAUUCGUAGCCACCUUCCUCCUCUUGAUUACUCCCUACGCCGGUGUAGAGCCGAUCGAGCUGCUGAGGAGAAACAGUGGAGUAGGCACGUACGCCGGUGAAUCUGUGGUCAUGUCGUCCUACUCCUCCCUCGUUGCCGGCUAGCUAGCAGGGAUAAUUCAUUUUGUUCUUCCUGCAUGUUCUUGUCAUAAUAGUACGUGGUGUAAUCGUGCCAUUUGUGCCAGUAAAUCCGGAGUAAAUAUCCAUUGAGAUACUA